AUGUCGUCGAAGCUCAUUGUAAUCUGUGGUGUGACUGGCAACCAGGGUCGGUCAGUGGCACAAGAGUUUCUCAAAGAGGCUGGCUGGAAAGUCCGAGGAAUCACCCGCGAUGCGACGAAGCCAGACAGCGUGGCCUUGGCAUCGCAGGGCGUGGAAAUCGUAGAGGGGAACUUGGACAACUUCGAGACUCUGAAAGCAGCCUUCCAAGGAGCCAACGCCAUCUUCGGCAACACGAUAUUCCCCUUCGCGCUGGGCGCCUCGUCACCACAGCUCCGACCCAACCAAUCCCUACCGGAGUGGUGUUACGAGCUCGAGGUCCAGCAAGGCAAGAAUCUCGUCGAUGCCGCCGCCGAGGUGGACUCGCUUGAGAUCUUCGUCUGGUCCACGCUCUCGGCGGCCAAAAAAUGGUCGGCCGGGAAGUACAAGAACAUCUACCACUUCGACUCCAAGGCGGCUGUGGUGGAGCACAUCGAAUCCGCCCACCCCGACCUCUUCAAGAAGACGUCCUUUCUGGAACUGGGACUCUUCAUGACGAACUGGAAGAUGGGCGAGCGCGAAGACGGCACCAUGGUGCUCCGCAUGCCCGGUAGUGGUGGUACGCAGCCGAUCCCGCACGUUCUGGUCGAGGAGACAGGGCUCUACGUCAAGGCUCUCGUGCAAGCGCCCCCGGGCACACAUUUGCUGGCCUGCUCGGAGCUCAUGACCUGGCCUGACUAUGUCAAGCUGUGGAGCAGGAUCCAGGGGAUUCCUGCCGUCUUUGAAAGAUUUACUCUCGACGACAUGGACAAGCUCGCCCCGGGCGGCUUCGGCAUCGAAAUUGGAGAGAUGCACGCCUACAACAUGGAGUUUGGAUACUGGGGAGGAGACCCGUCCAUCGUCCUCCCAGCCGACCUUGGACUCAAGGGUCAAACUACUUCCGUCGAGGACUACAUCAAGCGAGAGGACUGGUCCGAGUUGUUGGCCAGGACUUGA